AAAAAGUCACACUUCUAAAAUUUUUUAUGAUAAAAUACACAAAAUUAUUCAAUAAUGAGUAUGUUUGUGGACAGGUGGUACAAGUUUAUUGAAGGAUCGAACAAAAAACAGGCUGUGACAUUAGAUGAUAGAAUUAAACAAGUUUCUGGAACAUUGAUAAUACGUGAAGCAAAAGUAGACGAUUCAGGCAAAUAUUUGUGCGUUGUCAAUAACUCCGUUGGUGGUGAAAGUGUAGAAACUGUACUGACAGUUACAGCUCCAUUAAAUGCAAUUGUUGAACCUACCAUUCAAACUGUGGAUUUUGGACGACCGGCUACUCUGACUUGCAACUAUGAAGGAAAUCCAGUAAAAACCAUUUCUUGGUUGAAGGAUGGUAAACGAUUGAGUUCUCAUGAUGGAAGAGUAUUAAGAAUUGAUUCUGUGCGCAAGGAAGAUAAAGGAAUGUAUCAAUGCUUUGUAAGGAAUGAGCAAGAGAGCGCUCAAGGAAGUGCCGAACUCAAAUUGGGAGGAAGGUUUGAGCCACCCCAUAUCAAAGAAUAUUUCAAUGAUAACACUAUGCAGCCGGGAGUCUCUCUGCAUUUGAAAUGUAUUGCAUCAGGAAAUCCCACUCAAUGAAAUUAACUGGGAAUUGGAUUCAAAACGGCUUAGUAGCAC